AUGGCGACUAACACCAGUUGUCCUUUGGGCAGCGAUGAUCAAUUCGGCCCUCGCAUUGACUACAACUGCCGCCACUUUGACUUCACUCUCCUUUUUGAAGAUACCAUCUUUCACAUUCUCCCUUCGGCAGUAUUUCUCCUGCUCAUUCCAUUUCGAAUAUUUUCCAUUGCACGGACACCGGUGAAAGUAGCCACUUACAGACUUGCCUUGUGCAAAUUGGCUCUCUUGAGCAUCUUAACUGUGCUUCAUCUCAGUUUCGUCAUAAUCAACAUCAGGUCAUUAGCCCCCCGCGCGACAGCUUCACUGGCAGCGGGAAUUCUCAACUUCAUAGCCGUUUUCGCAGCUACUCUUCAAUCGUUCCUCGAAGACCAACGCUCCACUCGCCCAUCCGACUUGCUCAUACUCUACUUCUCAGCCUCUGCCAUACUCUCACUACCGCGCCUCAGAACUCUAUGGCUCAUCUCCAUUGCCGGAGCGUCCAGAGGUCUCCGGACUGCCAUUAUCAUUCUCACGAUCCUAGUCGUUCCCUUGGAGUCCAUCGGCAAGAAGCGAUUCUUGCGAACAGAGUACCGAGCUCUUACGAAAGAGGAAGAAACUGGCUUCUGGGGACGCAGCUUCUUCACCUGGCUUAUGCCUUUCUUCCGUCUCGGCUACUCGCGGGUCAUUCACAUCCGGGAUAUGCCGGAAGUCGACAAAGACCUAGCUGGAGAUAGAGCAGGGGCAAGCCUCGAGGCCGCGUGGUCGAAGCGCAAAGGGCAGAAAUACCACCCUUUGAUCCGCUCUGGCUUUUACGCAUAUCGCGGGACUCUCUUCGCCGGCGUCAUAACGCGUCUCUUUCUCACCGCGUUCACGUUUUGCCAGCCAUUCCUCAUCACGGCGACAGUGAAAUUCAUGCAGACGCCCAAGACGCCACAGUCCGAGAGAUAUGGGCAAGCACUUGUCGGGGCAUAUGUUCUUACGUAUCUCGGUCUAGCGGUCUCCCGAGCUGCAUUUUCCCGCCACCAGUUCCGCUUUACGACGAUGCUUCGAGCAGGGCUGAUGUCCAUGAUAUUCAGACAGACUGUCUCUCUUAAAGCAGAUGACUUGAAAGAUAGUGCUGCGGUUACUUUGAUGGGCACAGAUAUCGAACGCAUCGUACUCACGUUCAACAACCUUCAUCAGAUUUGGGCUGCCGUUCUGGAAGUUGGCAUCGCAAUAUUCCUCCUGCAACGUCAAAUAGCGUCUGCAUCUGUAGUACCAGUCGUCAUUUCUAUCGUCUGCGCUUUUGGCGUCAUCCCGGUCUCCAAGACCAUUGGAAGGGCACAAACGGCCUGGAUUGAACGUUUGCAGAAGAGAGUGGCAGUCACAGCCUCAAUGCUGGGAGAUAUGAAGUCGAUCAAAAUGCUAGGUCUCUCAGGCGUGUUGUCAACCACUAUCACAGAGCUGCGACGUGUUGAGUUAAGGACGUCUGAGAAAUUUCGCAAAUUAGUACUCUCUCAGAUCCUUGUUUCAAAUCUUCCCGUCGAAUUUGCGCCUUUCGCAACAUUUGUCAUCUACAGUAUAAUCGCAGUCAUCACCAAAGAUCAAACAUUGACGACAACGAAUGCCUUCACCGCUCUGUCUUUAAUCGGCCUCUUGACAGAACCACUUUUGCUAUUUUGCCAAUUCGUGCCUAACAUUGUACAGGGGGUGGCUUGCUUCAAGCGCAUCGAGAUGUUUUGCCUCAAAGCACACGAAGGAUCACGGCGGGAACACCUCACACCUCCAGCGCGCUCUUCAGUCACCACUAUGAACAGGACAAGCAUCGAGCUCGCGGACCAUUUGACGCAAAAGUCGUCGGAAGGAAUGAUAGCCUCGUUCUGUAACGCAAAGAUCUCCUGGUCGCCUGAUUCAGACAUAGUCUUUAAAGACCUAUCCUUGACGAUAAAGAGAGGCAUCACCAUGGUCGUAGGCCCUAUUGGAUGCGGAAAGUCUUGCCUUAUGGAGAGUAUCCUCGGAGAGACAUCACAUAGUGCCGGGACCAGAGAUCGCAUGGCUCACGGUAUCGCCUACUGCGCGCAGACUCCGUGGAUGAUGAACGACACCGUGAGAAGGAACAUCACUGGUGGCCUCCAUCAUGAUCCGAAAUGGUUCGACCAAGUUUUGUGGCUGUGCUCCUUGACUGAAGAUGUCAAGAAUAUGCCUGGAGGAGAGUUGUACAACAUUGGCAGUCACGGUGUCGGCUUGAGCGGAGGGCAACGACAGCGUGUAGCACUCGCUCGCGCGGUCUACUCCAGACACCGAGUUGUAGUCCUCGAUGACGUCUUCAGCGGCCUUGAUUCCAAAAGUGUCAGCCAGAUUUCAAGCCGUCUCUUCAGCAAGGAUGGUCACUUCCGCCGGAACGAGAUCUCCAUCAUUCUUGCGACUCACACCAAUGAAUUAAUCGUUCUCGCCGAUGGUGGAGUCCUUAGUCAGGGCCCAUAUGAACAGGUUGUUGCUAGCUCACCUGAAUUAAUCACAAAAUCGAGAUUAGAAGGUGACAAUAAUCUUCAGAAGGGUGAAGAGUCAGAGCAAGCUGAGGAGGCUGUGAAACCCACACAAAUCCAGAGGACCCUGGAUGCCGAGGAAGACAGACUGCGCCAAAAUGGUUCUUGGUCAGUUCACAAAUACUACUUCGAGCGAGCUGGUUGGGUAAUAGUUGGCUCGUUCGUCUUCGCCACUUUCACCGAGGCAUUUUGCAGCGGGUUUACAAAUAUCUGGUUUCAAUGGUGGGUAGAAGCCAACGAAAAACGGCCAAAUGACAACCUCGGUAUGUAUCUUGGGGUUUAUGCCUUUCUAUUUGCGAUGGCAUGCAUUGGACUUUCCGUGGAAUGCUGCUUUUUCCAGUCCACUGAUACAGGUUCAAUCACCAACAGAUUCAGCCAGGAUCUUAAUCUGGUUGAUGUGACUCUUCCAUCCAAUGCCAUUAACUUUGCCUCGAAUGCUUGCGCUUGCAUCGUGAAGCUCAUAAUACUAUGUGUCAUGGGCAAGUACUUGGCGACAUCCGUGCCUCUUCUAGUAGGUGUGCUCUUCUUCGUUCAACGAUACUAUCUCCGCACCUCUCGCCAGGUCCGUCUCCUCGACAUCGAAGCCAAGGCUCCAAUCUACACCCACUUUCUUGAAACACUCAAGGGUGUUGCCACUAUUCGUGCCUAUCAAUGGGAAGAGAACUUUGAGGAGCAGGCGACAAAACUCCUGAAUACGUCACAGAAACCCCACUACAUGCUAGCCUGUAUACAACAAUGGCUCGCGCUCGUUUUGGAUCUCAUCGUCGGGGCUCUGGCUCUCAUCAUAGUCAGCAUGGCAACUUCCAUUACCGAUAAGUUUUCUCCUGGAGCAAUUGGUGUUUCCAUGGUCUUGGUCCUGGGGUUCAACAAUUCUCUUGCGACAACAAUCAAGAACUGGACUGCUCUGGAAACUUCAAUCGGUGCUGUGGCCAGAAUAAGAGAGUUUGCACAGACAACGCCUUCCGAGGAGCGUGAGCUGGGAAGCUCCGGUGUCCCUCCUGAAAGGUGGCCAAUGCAAGGCCGCAUCGCCUUUGAGAGCGUCACUGCGAGAUACACAAAAGACGGAGAUGCAACUCUGAAGAACUUGUCACUUUCAAUAUCAUCCGGCCAGAAGAUUGCAGUCUGCGGACCAUCAGGCAGCGGCAAGACCUCCUUUGUUCUCUCACUUCUUCAGAUGAUUGAAGUUACAGAAGGGAAGAUUUAUAUCGACGGCAUUGAUCUCGAAGGUCUGGAGAGAGCGGGAGUACGUUCACGAAUCAACGUCAUACCUCAGGAGCCAUUCUUCAUCCCGGGCAGCGUCCGGUUCAACUUAGAUCCACACUCCCGCGAAAGUAGUGAGACGAUCAAAGCAGCGCUCGAUAAAGUUGGCCUCCUGGGCAAGAUCGCUAUGGCAGGUGGUCUGGACAGCGAACUAGAUGCCGAUGGGUUCUCCGUAGGGGAAAGAUAA